GUCAAAUUAAAUCAAGGUCUUACUCUAUAUUUAUGAAAUAAUGAGAAUAAAAAGCUGUUACGCAGCGAGUUAACAACCAAAUUCCGGUGUUGAGCCCAUUAAACAAAGUUGAAGUGAAUUAUGGAGUAGCGUCCUUUUGUAUUUUGGUGAAUAUAUAAUGCCAUCUGGCAGUUUAGUAUUUCAGUCGUCUUCCAACAACAUGAAGGCAGCUUUGGUCUUGUCUGUCAUCGCUAUAGCACUGGCUCUGGUAGAGGGCCAGGAUGGUCCACCAAGUGGAGCUGGAUCUAGUGGCAACCCACCUAGUGGCAUGCCACCCAGCGGAUGCCCACCAUCUACAGGUACAGCACCUCCUGGCGCACCACCACCACCUCCACACUGCACCCAGACUGGAACUACAUCUCAAGGUCAGUCUACCACCACAGGAUAAACCAGAAAAUUACAACUGAUCAUUUUAUGAAAAAGUCAUGUUGCAUAUAAAAAGUAUGCAUAUGUGUAUUUCGAGGUGUGUAAAUGGUUUUGAAAUAUAACAAAUAUGGCA